AUGGUGCGCUCUCUGCCGAAGAAAAACAACCCCCACGUCCUCGCCGACUCGGCUCCUGCUUGUAAGUUGGGAUCCCAUCUAGCGCCCGGGCUCGGGCUCGGGCUCGAUCACGAUGAACUGCUUGCGCGCCGUCGUCUGGGGAAGACCAACCUCGCCGUGAAACCCACUCAGAUUGGCACCUCGAAUGCGACCAAGCCGGAGAACCUCGGUCCCUUCGAGUAUGCUCACUUGCGCGCACCGCUGCCCAGGGAUCUCAAGGGCUCGGAGAUUUUCCCCUCACACGUGCCUCAGCAACAUCCUGAAACCUACUUUUUGAUGCGACGCAGCAAGGAUGGUUUUGUUAGUGCGACUGGCAUGUUCAAGAUUGCCUUCCCCUGGGCGAAGCUGGAUGAAGAGCGGGCCGAACGGGAAUACCUCAAGACCCGCACGGAGACCAGCGAAGACGAGAUUGCUGGAAAUGUCUGGAUUUCACCUCUGCUCGCCCUCGAGCUUGCGAAGGAAUACCUCAUGUACGACUGGGUUAGAGCGCUGCUUGACCCCACCGACAUCAUCCAGAGCCCAUCAUCUGCGAAGAAGCAGAUCACCCCGCCUCCUCGAUUCGACCUGCCGCCAAUCGAAGCCCCUGCCAUACUCACUGCCUCGUCGACUCGUCUGAGAAGGGGACGGUCCGCCUCGCCUAGCAAGAAGCCCAGCUCGCCGCGCAAGCCCCGGCAAACCAGAGCCAUGAAGGAGGCCAACGCUGCCGCGACAAGCCUAGCCAACGCAAGCCUCCAAAGCUCUCUCGAUCUGACGGCGGAGACGGCAGAGACGGAAUCGGUCACGGGCACCAUUCAUCAGAGCGUGGAGGUGGAUGGUGAAGAGAAGACGAUUUUCGCUCCCAGAACGCCAUCGACAAUUAGGAUGCGGAAGACAGCUCCCAUUGUAGAGAAGCCCGAGGAGACUGAGGAAACCGAGGAAGUGGAGGAGAAGGUCAAGGUUGACGUUGAGACCAAUGGCAAAUCGGCCGAUGAUGCCAAGACCAUCCAGACCACGGUGUCUGUCGAGAUGCCUAUCAGCCUUCCCGAGGCGCCGUCUGCGGCCGAGACCGAAGAGAUGAUUGCCCAGGCCAAGGCGAUGGUGCAGGAAGCCGUCAAGGCGCAGACGGAGGCGGGAGCGCCAUCAUCCGCUAAGGCGGCCACGAAACGCAAUGCGGAUGUGCUCAGCGACGAUGAGGAGGAGGAAGACGAGGAGACCAAGACACUUCGUGUGAAGAGGGCCAAGGUCUUGGAGGAGAAGCUCAAGCAGGAACGAGUGCGGAACCGUGCUCUUGUCGGUGUUACAGCUGCCUUUGCGCUUGCUGCCUCAAUCCCCUACUUCUUCUAG